AUGGCUUCUUUAACUCCUUACGAGGACGAGAGACGAGCAAAAACUCCCGACUAUGACGACUGUGGAUUCUAUUCUAAAACACGAUUUGUCCACAUCCUCGAUCUCUUUCGUGAAGGUCAGGCUCGAGAUCUCGCGCUGAAAUCUCCCAGCAAAACCCCAAUUUCAGCUUCAACAUACGAUCUCCGUCGAAGAGUGUGUUCCUACGCGCACUUUGCAGUUGGAUACGAGGACAAGAGCUCAUCGGACGAUGACUAUGACCCAGCUACCGAAAACCGGCGCAGACCAGUAAGGAACACAGGUCGCGCUGGUGGGAAUCAGCGCAGCCCACGCGGUACGAAUCAGAAUGGUGGCGGAGUUGAUACUGAUGUUGGCGGUCUUCGAAAGCGACAGAAGAUCGUUCCGCCGAGACUCCAACCUGGAAGUUCAAAGGAAGCUCCAAGAAAACUAGCUACCCAGCAAAGUUCUCAAGGCCGAUCUGAAAUCCCGGGCCAGGUGGAACAAAGCGGCGGCGGCGGCGAUCUUGUCAGUCCGGAUUCAUCACAAGGUCGAUCCAUUCGACCUCGGGGCGAACCUCGGGACUCAUACCUUGGGAAGCUAGAUGAGGAGUCCGCUGGAAUUGACAAUGCUAACGGCCGAGCAUUACGGAACAGAACCAUACCCGAUCAAGAGCAGACUCAGCACGAGAAGGGAGCAAAGUGUGCAGGAUGUCACGCUGCAAGAAAAAAGUGCAUUUGGACGAUCGGUCAUACCUGCGCACGCUGUAAACGACAAGAUAUCGAAUGUGUCAAAUGGACGGAUGAUUCUCCUAUUGAGACCACCCCGACAAACGAUGCCUCAUUCACCAUACCGUCGAUGGCGGAUGACAAUAUGGAGACCAAAACUGAGCAAGGCGUUUCCACGCAAACAUCACCACUUAUGAACCCGCAGCACGUCGAAGCCUCUGUACCAAUGAAUUCCCGGACCUCUCCAGAUCCAUCACAGCUCCCGAUAGGCAGCUCGGCCAAUCCUAUCGUGCUGGAUUCGCCGCCAGACUCCCCCCUCCUGUCAGCAUCACCAGCCUCAAUAAGACAGAUUGUCACGCACUGGGCGCAUCCGAUCGAUUUCAAGCAUGUAAAGAAUGCUGGGCCAUGCCAUUUCUGCACUGACUUCAGAUUUGGGGUUUUUGGGCACGGUCGCAUCACAACUAAGGUUAUUCAGUACCCAGGAUCUACUGCUCUCGAAGAGAUCGGCGAUGGCCAUCGUUCUAAUGGGAAGGAACCUACUCGUAUGUGCGUCAUCUGUGCUCUACGGCGGAUCUACAUUUCAAAAUGCACAGUUCACCGAUUCAAGCAUAUGGACAAUCAGGCCGGCGUACAGAAAUCUAUCCUUUACGCUCAGCAGCUGCGGGCAGAAGUGUGGGAUCCGCCGGUCGAUAGUACUGCCUACUCCACCUGUAAAAUAUGCCCUGAACUCGCAGACUGGCGUUGCUGUGUCGACAAGACGGUUGGCAUAACAGGGGAUCCGCUUAGGGACGGUCGGGGUCCAGGCAGAGGCUGCGGCUUGCAACUAUGCAACACUUGUAAACUUCAAGUUGAAGGUUGCGGCGGUGUCUUGGAGAAAGACAGGAUCAUGAAAGCUGAUGGCAAAGAACUUCGUGCUGAUGUUGAAUUCUUGUUCGAAGAGAGUCUCCUUCACCGAGCAUAUUUUCCUCCGAAAACCUGA